ACUCUGCUCAGAAUUCCUCUAUGAAUCCUCCCUGAGAUCUAAUAAAUAAUCUUCACUCUUCUCAAUCUCUCAGCCCUUUCACUAUUUGCUAAAAAAAGGGUGUGGUGGUCUUUCUCGCCGUCACCGAUGGCGUCUCUGUCUCUUUCCUUUACUUCUUCUUCUUCUCUUCGUCCAUCAUCACUUUUCCUAUUCCUAGAGGAGAAGAAGGGCAAAGGAAAAGCUAGGAUGAUCGAAGAAUACGACAGCUUUGGGUUUCCUCGCUACGCAUUUGCUUUGCCUGUGAGAAAUGGAACUUCUGCUCCUUCCUCAUCGUCUUCGUCGGUCCGUACGUCGGGCCCUAAACGUGAGCCUCCUGCUACGAAGCGCCUUUGGAAGACUGGAGAGUUCCCCGGAAUUUCCGACGCUUCGGUGCUCAACCCUUCGAGAACUCCCAUAAAAAAUGUUAAGAAGAAAGUGGAUAAAAAGAACAACGCUAAGGCUUGGGUGAACACCGUUACCGAAGCAUUGGCUGAACGAAUUCAGAAGAAGCAAUGGGAAGGUGCCCUACAGGUUUUUGAGAUGCUCAAAGAACAACCUUUUUAUCAACCAAAGGAGGGAACUUACAUGAAACUCUUGGUUCUACUUAGUAAAUCGGGCCAGCCUCAUCGGGCCUGUCAACUCUUUGAGACGAUGGUUGAAGAAGGAUGUGAACCCACCCCAGAACUGUACACAGCUUUGCUCGCAGCUUAUUGCCGGAGCAACCUUAUUGAUGAAGCAUUCUCAGUCCUCAAUCAAAUGAAGACCCUACCCCGUUGCCAGCCUGAUGUCUAUACGUACAGCAUCCUCAUAAAGGCUUGUAUUGACGCAUUACGGUUUGAACUAGUUGAUUCCCUGUAUGGAGAAAUGGAUGAUCGCUUAAUAACCCCAAAUACAGUCACGCAAAACAUAGUUUUAAGUGGCUAUGGGAAGGCUGGUAAAUAUGACCAGAUGGAGAAAGUGCUACAUGGGAUGCUUGAGAGCUCUACCUCUAAACCUGAUGUCUGGACCAUGAACACCAUUCUAAGCUUAUUCGGCAACAAGGGUCAGAUCGAGAUGAUGGAGAAAUGGUAUGAGAAAUUCCGCACCUAUGGAAUUGAGCCAGAAACACGCACUUUCAAUAUUCUGAUUGGUGCUUAUGGGAAGAAACGAAUGUACGAUAAAAUGUCAUCUGUGAUGGAGUACAUGCGCAAGCUGUCCUUUCCCUGGACAACCUCGACUUAUAACAAUGUGAUCGAAGUCUUUGCAGAUGUUGGGGAUGCAAAAAACAUGGAGUAUACAUUUGACCAAAUGCGUGCAGAGGGAAUGAAAGCAGACACCAAGACUUUCAGCUGCCUUAUUAGUGGGUAUGCUAAUGCUGGUCUCUUCCAUAAGGUGUUGAGCUGUGUUCGUUUGGCUGGUAAGUUGGAAAUACCAGAGAAUACUUCGUUCUAUAAUGCAGUAAUUUCUGCAUGUGCAAAAGCGGAGGAUUUGAUGGAGAUGGAAAGAGUUUUCAAGCGUAUGAAGGAUAAGAACUGUCCCCCUAAUUCCUCAACUUACUCUAUUAUGGUGGAAGCAUACAGAAAAGAAGGUAUGAAUGACAAGAUCUUUGAUUUAGAGCAGGAGAAACAAGAGAUGGUUGCCGAUGGUUUAGAAAUUGACUGAGGGAAGUGGGAACCGACUUAUCUGGGUGAGGUCUGAUAGAGAAUACAGAAUAGAACUGCUUGCUGUUGGAGUCAGAUUUGGUGCGGAACAACUAAAUUGCCUUUCAAAAGUUAUGCUGGGCUUCAUUAGAAAAUUUGCCAAAGGUAAUCCAGCUAUUACUUUUGAAUAUAGUUAAGUGUAAUAAUAGCCCAUCUGUUCAGUGUUUGGGAAUAGGGAACAUGUUCUAACGAACCUAAUAUAACAACAUUCUGACAUCUAUUAUCUUCUGAUGCAGUUCCAUAUAUUCAGAGUACUGCAUGUAUUUUUUGAAACAGAUGAUGCUCUCUUCAAAUUUAGCCUGGUCUUUUGCAUUCAUGGUGCAAUAUUCCAGAAAAUUUUAGCUUUA